UCAUCUCUCAGGCGGACUUCCAAGACUUUGUCCUUUGUGAAGCGUAAAAGUAAGCAGCGCAAGGAUCAAAACCAGGUGUGCAAUCACACAACGCUGUCUGCGAAGAAGAAACGGAGCAAUUGGGUGCUGAAGUUCAACUGUGCCAAGAGCAAAGGUUCCAAGAACACGGACAUGCCCGAUCAACCUAACAACAGCGCGGAGUGCGUUUGCACUGGGUACAGAAGCACUGAAGAACAUCCGAUGGGAGCUGGAGUCGUUUUUAACAAUCAUUCGAUACCACAGAGUCCCGUUCUAGGACCACUGCCUCCUAGUCCGGUGAUUGAUUUGUCACGGUUCAAUCCCGCAGAGUAUCCAAUGGAGGUGUGUGGUUUAAUAGAGCACUACAAGGACCCAUCGUGUUGUAUGUUCUUUGAGCCAAUGCUGACAAUUCCACUCCAUCGUAAUUUCGCUUUUCCACUGCAACAUCUCUGCCGCGCUGUUAUCACAACUCGAACGACAUACGACGGUAUAAACAAGCUACAGCUGCCAAAGACCCUAAAAAGUUAUCUCAAGGAGUACCAUUAUAAACAGCGAGUGCGCGAUUGUGAUGAACGAGCAAGGCAACAGCGAGCCCGAGAAAUGGAGGAAGGUGUCGAGCCUCCGCCAGGUUACAGGCCUAAUUAUUCUUCCACAAUUCCAGUUCACCCGAACGGAAUAACCGUCGAAGACCUAACAGCCCUCUUCCAAGCUCACGUCGGAAUCCAAGCGGCUGCCGUAACCGCUUUGUCUCAAAUGGACAUUACCCUUGUUUCAAACAUCGAAAGACCGGCUCACACACAGGUCGAUUAUGUACAUUGCCUAGUACCUGACUUACAGUCUAUAACCGCAUGUACUUUUUACUGGGGUAAAAUGGACCGGUACGAAGCCGAGCGUCUUCUUGAUGGUAAACAGGAAGGAACAUUUUUAUUGAGAGACUCUGCGCAAGAAGAAUUUCUUUUCUCAGUUAGUUUUCGUAAAUAUGGGAAAUCCUUGCACGCUAGAAUAGAACAAUGGAAUCAUAAGUUUAGUUUUGAUUCACACGAUCCUGGUGUUUACGCUUCCGAUACGCCAAUGCUGACAAUUCCACUCCAUCGUAAUUUCGCUUUUCCACUGCAACAUCUCUGCCGCGCUGUUAUCACAACUCGAACGACAUACGACGGUAUAAACAAGCUACAGCUGCCAAAGACCCUAAAAAGUUAUCUCAAGGAGUACCAUUAUAAACAGCGAGUGCGCGUAAGAAGAUUGGAUAGCGAAAAUGACAUUAUGUUGUAUGGAAGAUCCAUAUCAUAUUUACCAAUGAUU